GUUGGAGGUCUGGGCCUACUCUCAGGAUAUUUUAUUCCCACGGAUACAAGCUUUCACCCUGGAAGUCUGGCAUGCUUACUCAACACCGUUCCCCUCAAAUCACAACCAGCUGCUGUCCUUAUUUCUGAUGUGCUGUUGUAUUGCCAUGUCAAUAGGAGGCCUUUUCUAUCGCUGGAUGUUUUCUUCACUGCAGUAUUCCUUCCAAUUCUCCACUGCAACGGCUGCCGCUGUAAGUGUUCUUGCCUUGUUGACUCUUUUUUUGGUGCACCCUCUCCGCUGCAUGUUCACCAUGAUGGUACCUACAUUAGGGACCAAGCAAGGGCGGAGGCUUCUCCUGUCUGCAUGCUUCAUGAUCGUGGCAGUCAACAUUGCCCCCAACAUCAUGAGCAACAUCCAAGCCAUAUUGCAAGUCAUUAAAUGCAUCUGCAAGAAUUCCUCAGAGAGCCUCCUCAUCUCAACACAUCUGCUGGGUAAUGCUUCUUGGGAUUUCAGCCGCUAUCUCAAAGGGGUUGUUGAUUAUAUGCCAAAUCAAAUAGUGAAACCUAGAGACGGCCAUAUUCAGUUCGAGACACACAACAACAGCUUCCUACUGAGUCGGAAAGUGAUUGACGCUAACCAAGGGAUCAAGGAAGAUUUCUCACAUGUUGAAAUGCUGGCCCAGAAGGUCACCCUGUUGGCCAACCGGGUCAUUGCUGGCUUCUUCCUCUUCUACUUGAUCUUUGAGUCGGCUUGGUACCUGAAGAGCUAUCUUACAGACCUCCAAUUUGACAAUAUUUACAUCACCAAAAAGCUGGAAGACUUGGCUCAGAAAAAUAAAGCCACUCACCUACUGGUUUGCUCACCUAAAAAACUGAUCAAGUCAACUGGUCUCAAGCUGACCCGAAAGGAACUCAUGACAUGCUUCAGGCACAUGAUUCUCCUCACAUUAAUGCUGAUAUUGACGCUGGUGAUCAUAGCAACAGAUUAUAUCGCCUUCCACUUGGCACAAGCAAUGGUGACUGAAGUCUCUCGGUUCCCUGUAGUGCCAAUUAAAUUCCAGAUAAAAUACGAU